AUGGUCAUCUCGUUCAAGUCUGUCACGAAGCCACUUUUCCGCGAGACGCUGGCAGAGUAUAGCAGAAACUCUGAUCUGGGUCCGGUCACUUGUGUAAUAGUGGAUGGAAUUAUGUACUCUUUUGCAAAUGAUGUCGCCGAGGAGUUGGGGAUUCGCGUAAUUACCACACGACCAUAUGGUGCUUGCUGCUUGUGGAGCUUUUGCUGUAUUUCGAAGCUAAUUGAGGAAGGCCACAUUCCAGUUGGAGCAAAAGAAGAUUUGGAUCAAGAGAUUAAGACUGUGCCAGGUAUGGAGGGUCUUUUACGACGUCGAGAUCUACCAUCAGUUUGUAGACAACCAACAACGGAUCCUCUCCUACAACUCUUCAUUGAGGAGAGCAAGACCAUGACUCGAGCUUCAGGGAUCAUACUCAACACCUUUUAUGACCUCGAGGGUCCGAUUCUCUGUCACAUUGCCCCUCUCUUUCCAAAUGUUUACACAAUUGGUCCACUCAAUGCUCUUGUCAAAACCAAAAUUGGGGAUGAUAUCAUCUCGCAAUGUUUAUCCUCCUCUAGUAACUUAUUGGAACCGAACAAUAAUUGCCUGACGUGGUUAGAUUCCAAGCCAUUAAGAUCAGUUGUUUAUGUUAGUUUCGGAAGCAUAGCAAGGGUGACACAUGGUCAAUUGUUGGAGUUUUGGUAUGGUCUAGUCAACAGUGGCGCGUCAUUUUUAUGGGUGAUACGGCAUGAUAUGAUUGAAGGUGUGACAGGGGAUGAUAUGAUCCCGAUGGAGCUUGAGGAGGCCACAAAAGAAAGGGGAUUUGUUGUGGAUUGGGCUCCACAAGAAGAUGUUCUAGCCCACUCAGCAGUGGGUGGGUUUUUCACCCACAGUGGUUAA